AUGGUGACACACGCUAUAGUGGCAGGGGUAAUCCUAGAGAGGGUGGAGUGGCAGGAGGACAAUUCGCCAAUAGAUAUUAUCACCCUACUGUCCAUCGUAAGGCCAAGAAUAGAAUUGGAGAAGUAUAAAAUUGGCCAGAUAAUUCAUGCUAAGUGCCGAGGCUUUCCAGGAGACUAUCCCGCUAGGAUAUUGCAUAUAGGAGCGAAUGAUGCAGAUAUGAGGAAGAUUUUGAGAAAUUUGACUUCUGGGCAGAAAGAAAAUAAAGGUACUUAUAAGUACAGUGUUAACCUCAACUUUCAGAGCCACCAACAAGACCAAAUAAAAAGACACCAGUACCUGCAUCAGAGAAAAAGGAAGCAAAAAAAAAGGAAGAUUGAUGAAAGGAAAGAACUAGCAGAGAAAAGAAGAGAAGCCAGGAGGAGAAAAUUUGAAAGUCUGGAAGCCCAAUUCGAUUUGGAGUUUCAGAGAAUAACAAGGAAUGAUGAGGAGAGUGAUCAAGACAAAGCUAAUAGAGAGAGUGAAACAACAGGAAAUAGAAAGAAAACAGAGCCUAUAUCAUCAGAAACAAGGAAUGCAGGAAAUGCUGGGCAAGAAUCUGAAGGGGAUGUGGAAUAUGAUUUGGUGCUGGGAGAUUUUUCUGAUGAAGAAGAGACUUUGUAUAGGUCUUUGGACGGAGCGGGGACUGUAGCUUGUAAUGCUAAGGGCUACCCCAAGAUUGCCCAGAAACAACCAAGGCAACAGUUCAGAGAUGAGGAGAGAAGUGAAGUGAACAAAGAGACUCAAAGAAGUACUGAUUGUGAUAAUUGUAGGCGUUUGAAGUGUGAGGUGGAAAAACUGCAGGAAAAAAUAAAGCAAUUGGAGCAUAUUAAAUUCAUAGAGGAUGAUUACGAAAUUCCCAGGCCAGGUCUCUUACCAAAGGAAAUUGGAGAAAAAUACAAGAUGGUUGAGCUGGUCCCAGGCAGUUCGGUAUAUAUUCCUCGCCCGGACCUUGUUUCUUGUUUCAAACCUGGGAAGGUGAAGAAAGGUAGUGUGCAACAUGGUUUGAGGACGGCUAGGCUGCUGAUGUCAGUUUUCUUCAGCAGAGAAGAACUGGCUAACUGCACUCUAACUAGCUCUACUGAGGGGAAAAAGCAGCUGAAUCCCAGGAUAAUUAAAGCUAUAAUAGACACCUGUUCGCAAAGCAGUCCAGCCACCCCAGGCAAACUGCGGCAGGCCAUAGCCUGCAAAAUUACAGCAUUUUCCUGCAAAGCAAGAAAAACAAAAAGCAGCCCAUGUGAAGACACAGAAGACAAUGAAUGGAUGGGAUAUCUGCCAUGAGAGAACAAUAGGACCAGAUCAGAUCACACUUAUAAGGAGAAGGUUGAUGUACCAAGAAAAAUCAUAUUUACAAUCUAUCUUUUUAAAGUGAAAUUUUGUAUAAAACAG